AUGCUUAUUAUUACGCACGGUAAAAGUUUUACAAAGACAAGUUUGUUCACCAAUGUGGAUAGUAUAGUACCUGCGAAACCUGAUCUAGAGGACUUUUGGAGAGUAGAGUCCAUUGGUAUUUUAGAUAAACAAAACACUUCCGACGAUGAAAUGGCCAUGAAAAUGUUUCUAGAUUAUCUACAGUUUGAAAAUGGACGUUAUCAGGUCACAUGGCCUUUGACUGAAGACUGUCCGGAUUUACCAGUAAAUAGAGAGCUGGCUGUUGGUCGUUUGAAAAGUUGUGUAAACAAAAUGAAAAACAAACCUGAUCUAUUACAGAAAUACGUUGCAGUGAUGAAGGAUCAACUGAGCAAGGGUGUUAUUGAGAAAGUAGUACAGUCAAAAACAGCGGGCUUGGUACACAACUUACCUCACCACGCGGUUAUUACACCACAAAAGGCAACAACAAAGAUACGAGUCGUAUACGACGCAUCCGCAAGAACACGAAAAGAAAACAAAAGCUUAAAAGAGUGCAUGUAUAGAGGACCUGUGAUGCUUCAAGACCUCUGUGGUAUGCUACUACGAUUUAGAAUACAACAUGUAGCAGUAGUUGCUGACAUAGAAAAGGCGUUUCUCCAGAUUGGAUUGCAGUCUAAUCAACGUGAGGGGACACGAUUUCUUUGGCUGAGGGACUUUGAAAAACCUAUAUUUGAUGCUGAUAAUAUUCAGGAAUACCGAUUUUGCAGAGUACCUUUCGGUGUCAUCAGCAGUCCGUUUCUACUGGGAGCUACUGUAGAUUACCAUUUAAAAUCUGAAAACGAUGAAAUCGCAGAAAAGCUAAGAAACAACAUAUAUGUAGAUAAUGUUAUAUCUGGAGCCGAAAAUACAAGUGAAGCUAUUAAGUUAUACACAACGUCGAAAUCGAUGUUUGCAGACGCAUCCAUGAAUUUAAGGGAAAGGAUAACGAAUAGCGAGGUGGUUAAUGAGUUCAUUCCGAAAGAGGACAGAGCAUUCACUUACUCAGUAAAAGUUCUUGGACAUUGCUGGAAUGUCAAAGAAGACACGAUAAAUUUGUUAAAACCGAAGGUCGUGUUGGAUCAGCAAGAGUUGACAAAACGUAGCGUGUUAAAAUGUUUUGCUUCCGUCUUUGAUCCUCUUGGGUUACUUUCGCCAGUACUCUUACAAGGAAAAGUGCUUCUACAAUCGUUAUGGCAGAAAAAUCACGAUUGGGACGAAGAAAUAAGUACUGAAGAUCGAAUGAAAAUGUCCGACACUGUAUCAGACAUCAACAAGAUAGACACAUUUCAUACACCAAGGAAGGUUUGUGAACUUCAUGGAACAGUAACGUAUUCCUUGUUGUGUUUCUGUGAUGCCUCAGAGAAAGCAUAUUCUACGGUUAUAUAUCUUCACACACAUCAAGCUUAA